ACCGAGAUGAAAGGGAUAAAGCAGAACCCGCUGGCACUAGGCAAAGCUCCCAACACAAUCCACAACACAGCUUGGGAACCUAAAAGCUACACAUCCAGCCACUCAGCCCAAGCUUGGAAGAACCAUCGGUAUUGCCUGGUUGCAAAAAAAAAAAAAAAAAAAAAAAAGAUGGGGGUGGGGGGAAAGAAACAACUCGAUCGGUGUUAAACAAAAGAAUUUGUGGGCUAGGAGGCAGGAGGUGACUACCUGCUGAAAAGUGAACUUUCUUGAUAUCCUUGCAUAUAUAUAUAUAUAAACUUAGCCCUGCCUUUGAAGUUCUGCAACUGAUCACCGAUCAGAUUACUGGCAUUUCAUCUUGCUGCUCCUCUGCCUUUGAUCUGCAUGGUUAAUUUUAUUUUCCUGGAUUUGAAGUUUCGUCUGGGCUUGUGCUGACAUACAUUUUGGGAAGGUAGAAGCAUUUGGCAUAGAAGUGCUGCCAAGGAGAAACUAAGUGAGUACUGGAAAGAGUUCAGCACGUUGCAGGAUGCUUCAACAGUAAAUACAUUUAAUAGGAGCGAUGGCUUUAAAAGUGUUACUAGAACAAGAGAAAUUAUUUUUCACCAUUGUAGUUUUACUAACAUAUUUGGUAUGUAAAGGGAUUUGUGAAACAGGAGACUGUAGACAACAAGAAUUCAGGGAUCGAUCUGGAAAUUGUGUUCUCUGCAAGCAAUGUGGACCAGGCAUGGAGUUAUCUAAGGAAUGUGGCUUUGGCUACGGGGAGGAUGCCCAGUGUGUGACAUGCCGGCCUCACAGGUUCAAGGAGGACUGGGGCUUCCAGAAGUGCAAGCCAUGCCUGGACUGUGCGCUGGUGAGCCGCUUCCAGAAGGCUAACUGUUCUGUCACCAGUGAUGCCGUCUGUGGGGACUGCUUGCCAGGAUUUUACAGGAAGACAAAACUUGUUGGCUUUCAAGACAUGGAGUGUGUGCCGUGUGGAGACCCUCCUCCUCCUUAUGAACCACACUGUACCAGCAAGGUCAACCUCGUGAAGAUCCCGUCCACGGCCUCCAGCCCUCGGGACACAGCCCUGGCUGCAGUUAUCUGCAGUGCCCUGGCAACUGUUCUGCUGGCCCUGCUCAUUCUCUGCAUCAUCUAUUGUAAGAGGCAGUUUAUGGAGAAAAAACCCAGCUGGUCUCUGAGAGCACAUGACAUUCAGUACAACGGUUCUGAACUGUCAUGUUUUGACAGACCUGGGCUUAGCGAAUCCACUCCCAGACCAUGUUGCCAGUACCACCAGGACUCGGCCCAGACCUGUGGGCCCGUGCACUUGAUUCCAUCCUUGUGCUGUGACGAGGCCUGCAGUGUUGACCGACUGACUCUGGGCUGCAGGGUGCAUUCCAAGGCCACUCUCCAGGAGAGAAAUGCAGGUCCAGUGGGGGAGAUGAUGCCGACUUUCUUCGGGUCCUUCACACGGUCCAUCUGUGGCGAGUUUUCAGAUGCUUGGCCUCUGAUGCAAAAUCCCAUUUGUGAUGAUGACAUCUCCUUUUGUGAUUCUUAUCCUGACCUCACUGGAGAAGAUAUUAAUUCUCUCAUUCCAGAAAAUGAAAGCUCAACUUCCUUGGAUUCAAACAGUAGUCAGGAUUUGGUUGGCGGAGCUGUUCUAAUUCAAGCUCAUUCUGAAAAUGUUACAAAAGCUACUGAUUUCUCUAGACAUAACAACUCACAGAGAGAACCAGCAUUAUCUCAGGAUCCACUAACUACUAAAAGCCAGCUAGAUCAAGAAAGAGGUGAUAUCAUUAACCUAACCACUAAAACAUCCAUCCAGGAAGCUUAAAGGACUUGCUUGGAACCCCAAAGGGCACGCA